AUGGUCUUGCUUCAGAUAGAAGCGCCCUGGCUGCGAUGCGGUGAAGCCUUGGGCCGUCGACUAGCAAAAGCCCGACAGUUCAAUGAUCUGCUCUGUGGGCAUCCCGAGAGACACCGAGAGUUCUCCCUGCUCCAUUGGCGCACAUCCAUCUCAAGUUGUUCACGCAUAAAGGCUCUAGGCAUGUUCAAGGAAUCGUGCGUCGACAGUGCUCUCAAGUGA